AUGAGUAGUCAGUUUAUUUGGACGGGGUUUCAGGUGGCUGCGCUGAAAAUUUCGCGGAGGGAGCGAAUCAUGGACGCUCUGAGAAGUAAUCCAAAAGUGCGUAUGCGAGAUCCGGCAGUUGUUGAGCAAAAAUUGAAAUUGUUAGUCGAAGGUGGACUCGAUAAAUUAAUGGUGAGUAUUUGGUGGAGAUCAGCACACCAACAUAUUGUCAAUGCGAAAUUUACAUAUCAAGCGAUUGAACGUUUCGUUGAAGCAUCGAAAAUUGAAUUACGAGAUGAAGCGGACGAGAUGAUAUUAGAUCUGAGUGAAAACGACGUUCCGUUGAUAAUCUUUUCGGCCGGUAUCGGAAACGUUAUCGAUAUCUACUUGAAGAAACGAUUGGGGAAAAAACCCCGAAAUGUGCAUCUCAUCUCGAAUAUGAUGGAUUUUGACGAAUUGGGAGUUGUGAAUGGUUUUAGGGAACCGCUUAUUCAUACGUUCUGUAAGAACGGUUCAGUGAUUGGACGCAAACGUUCGUUCUAUAGCGAUGUGGCCCUUCGUACGAAUGUCUUGUUGAUGGGCGAUAGUCUCGGAGAUCUGAAUAUGGACGUUGGAGUAGAGGGUGAAACCGUGGCGCUUAAGAUUGGUUUCUUGAAUUUCAACGUUGAUUCAUUGUUGGAGAAUUUUCUGAACGGUUACGACAUAGUAUUAAUCGAUGAUCAAUCGAUGAAUGUGGCCAGGAACAUCAUUGAAAUGGUAUCACAAACGAAGCAUAUUCACACGAACAGCCACACUUACGCUAUCGCCGAUCACACCGCCGUUGCAGAUCGAUUAGAAUGGGGUGGUAAUGAUGCAUUUUACAGAGAUGAAGAGUCGACGAGAAUUCUUUACAUUUUCAAGGAGGAAUUGUAG